AUGACGAAGGGGAGCGAGUAUCCCUUCGCAGCAGCACGCAUAGCCCUCCUUUACCGAUUCAAGUCUGUGGUGUGUAGCUCCUCAGUGAUGCGGAUGUCGGCAGUCUCGCAGGUUCCGCCGCGUCUCCUGUUCUUUUCUUUCCCCGUCUGCACGUCGUAUCGUUUCCUUUCGAAACUUUCGGUGGCACCAUGUGUGUCGACGUACGUGUCCCCCUCAGGCGAUGGGUUUGUGGCGAAAACGAAGCUGCGUGCGCGUGCACACACGUCAGGGCUCCACACAGCAAAAAAUUGUAGAGAACGAGAGAGCGCGCCUCAACCUCUGGUGAGGGCGACCGGAUCUCCAUCAAUCUCUGUGGUGAUGACUAGGCGGACUGCGGCGGCUUUGGCGAUGCCGCGUUCAUCAGCAGCAAGACCAUCCUAUCCUGCGAGCUUAUCUUCGCAGCGGCUCCUUCGUCUUGCGGGGAUUUGUUCCACCGCCACUAGCGGGCUCACGUGCUGCCGCCAAGUUCACAUCGGGCACUCCACCGACGUGCACCGGUGGCGCAACCCAGAGAAGGAGGAGGUGCAGCGGCAGUUCCGCGGUGGGGUGAAACUGGGAAGUCACAUAGCCAAGGUUCGUGAGCAACAGGCAAAGGAGAAGGAGCUCAUUGAGCAGGACAAGUUUACGGACUGGCGUCUGGUCUACAACUAUUCCAUCGGCACGGCUCUGCUGCUUAUUGGACUGAACGUAAUUCUGGCCUUUGUGGAGCCGAAUCCAUCGCCCGAGUACGUCCCCUACACUGAAUCAGUGGUUCCAGCCUCCAACGUCAGCAAUACGAUGGCGGACUCGAGUCAGGCGCCGUUGAGUGAGGCGGGACCCGCGAAAUGUACUUGA